AUGUUGAUAGUGCUGAUCCAAAGUCCAUACUUUGAGUGGCAAAGAUACAAAACCCAUUUAUGUCUAGCAAUAAGGACUCAGGUUAUUAAAUACAAAGCAGCCAUUGCAUGGGAAGCUGGGAAGCCCCUUUAUGAAGAGGUUAAAGUAGCUCUCCUCAAGGCUCCAGAAGUUCGAGUUCAGAUAAUCACCAGUGACCUGUGCCAUACUGAUUCUCAUUCUACCAAUCCUAAGUUUAAGGAGAGUGUUUUCCCAGUGAUCUUUGGCCAUGAAGGUGCAGGAAUUGUGGAAAGUAUUGGGCCAGGAGUAAUCAACUUCAAACCAGGUGACAAGGUAAUCCCACUCUACCUACCUCAAUGUAGAAAAUGCAAAUUCUGUCUGAGUCCACUCACUAAUUUUUGUGAAAAACUCAGUCAAGUCAAAAAUCCUGUUGCUGAACAAGAACUAAUGCAAGACAAAACCAGUAGGAUUACCUGCAAAGGAAAACCAAUUUACCAUUUCAUGGGGGUCAAUACCUUCUCUCAGUACACUGUGGAGUCAGAUAUUAAUCUUGCCAAAAUAGAUGAUGACGCAAAUAAGAGAGUUUAUCUGCUUGGAUGUGGGUUUUCAACUGGCAACAGAGCUACAAUCAACACUGCCAAGAAAGUAGCCCUAGAAUGUGUAACAGUAGGUUGGGGAUCAUGUACUUUCACUGACAUAGUCAUUGGUAACAAAGGAUUGAAAAUUAGUCUGCUGGAGCUAACACUGGGCCAUACUAUAAAUGGAACAUUCUUUGGACAUUGGAAGAGUAUAGAUUCUGUCCAACAGCUGGUUACUGACUACAAGAACAAGAAAUUCAAUCUGGAUGCACUGGUGACCCAUAUGUUUUUUGACAAAAUCAGUGAGGCGUCUGACCUAAUUCACCAAGGAAAAAAGACAGUCCUGCUCUUUUGAAGACAGCAGGAACGAUUUGGAAAACUAUCUGACUGA